UCAGCUUGGAAGAGCUUGGGCUGUCCUUUCCUUCGCGAAUUAUCACUACAGCCAAGCCAGCCUUCAGCAACUUCUUCAAUUCCAUCAGCACUAUCAAUCGAGACAGUGCUCGGAUUAUCAUAAUCUACUACCCCAGCUAGAAUCUCCAACGACGUCUCUCCCCCACCACAACACACAAGAUGUACUCUGUACGCUCCAUCGCCGCCCGCCGUGCGCCUUUCGUCUCCGUCGGCACUGUCCAGCGCGCUGCUUUCUCGCAGUCGAUAGCUCGCAGUGCGGGCAAGGAGACCAAGCUUCACACCGAAGGUCGUGCAGAUGAGGCCGAGGAGCUCAAGCAGAAGCAGCUGAAGAAUCAGAAGGAGGGCAAGGGCGAGUGGGAAGAGGGUCUUGCUAGCGACAGCGAGAGUAUUGUCAAGGCUGACAGGAGCGAAACCAACACCUCGGCCAAGGACAAUAUCAAGAAACUCCAGGAGGAAACUGCUAAGGUCGCCAGCAAGAAAUAGAAGCCCCGCUUACGAGCCACGCUGCCACCAGGUGCAACAUUGGGCAC